AUGUCUUCAAUUACUUUUAGCAAAACCAUUAAAGCUGUUAUUCUGGACAUAGAAGGAACUGUUGCCCCGAUUUCAUUUGUCAAGGAAACAUUGUUCCCAUAUUUUCUUAAAGAAGUACCUUCAGUUUUAUCGAAAUUACAAUAUCCAAUAGACUCCAAUUUAAAUGAUCCAACAACUAAAAUAGUUUCUGCAUUCCCAACAGCUAUCACUAAAGAUCGUGAUACCUUAUUAUCUCAUAUCAAUGACUUGGUUAAUAAAGAUGUCAAAGAUUCAACAUUGAAAUCCCUACAAGGUUAUAUUUGGCAAAAAGGUUAUGAAGAUGGCAGUUUAAAAGCCCCAGUUUAUGAUGAUGCAAUCAAUUCCAUCAAAAGCUGGAACAAGGAAAAAAAAGUUUUCAUUUAUUCGAGUGGGAGUGUAAAAGCUCAAAAGCUACUAUUUGGGUACGUUGAUAUCAAUGGAGAAAGUGCUGAUUUGAAUGGUUUCUUGAGUGGUUACUUUGAUAUAACAACAUCAGGAUUCAAGUAUGAAAAAUCAAGUUAUGAAAAUAUUACAAAAGAUAUUGGCAUUGAUGCUGAGAACUUACUGUUUUUGAGUGAUAAUGUCGCUGAAGUCAAAGCAGCUCUCGAAGCUGGAUUGAAUUCUGUUAUUGUGAUUAGACCAGGGAAUCCAGAAUUGAGUUCCGAAGAUAAAUCACAAUUUCAAGUUAUCCAUAACUUUGAUCAACUACAGCUAUGA